AUGGCAAAGCUUUCCAAGGAUAGAGCUGUUACCUCGCAACAAGACAGCUCUCACUUGAGUACUCCUCUGGUGAGCCGACCUCCUCCAGCCACAAAACCCAACUCGAUGCUACCACCAAAGUCGCGACCGAAUACAGUACCGAGCAAGCGACCACAACCCAACAAUGCGGAGGGGAGUCCUGCGGUAGGAUCGAAUCAGAAGAAACGCAGGCGACGUGGAAGAAAGUCUAGCUCAAGAGGAUCGUUCAGCGAAAAUGCUACUACAGCUAGUGAAGAUACUGCUACCACCCGGAGCACGAGGUCUCUUGGUAAAGAUGCUCAACCAAAGGGCUUCUCCGUGAUAAAUCCAGCUCUCAAUGAACUCCGCCAGCAAACAUUGCGCGACAAGGAGCCGGAGAUGUUUGGUGAGUAUGCAAUGAGCGUCGCUAGUGAAUCCGAGACGGAUGCAGCAACACCUGUUCCUUCACGCAAACGCAAAUCAAGCCCACCCCUCAGCGUAAAUUAUAGAGCAGCUCAGAAAAAGCCCGCAGACAAUCAGAAUGAAGCUCUCGUUAAAGACAUACCUCAUCCUGCAGUCAAACCGCAAGUCAUUUCUGAUGUGGCCUCUUCAAUACCAGUGGUGUCCGAGAGUCCAAGUGUUGAAAUUACGUCUCAACCUGCCCCUGUAUCAAGAAAGCAACCCCAGAAAUUGUCCAGCAACAGACAUCCAUGUCCUCUUCGGGCGGAGCAUAAUUGCACACGAACUUUCGCCGACCUUGAAAAUGCCCAGCGUCAUGCUCGGGUGCAUAGCCAAUCUCUGACUUGUCACAUCUGUCAGAAGACUUUGUCACGAAAAGACAAGCUCAAAGCACAUCUUAAAAACGUCCACACCCCUGAAGAAAGAGCUGCUGCCUCAAAUCAAACAAGUGCGGGUGGCCAGCUUGUGGCCAAUAACGGCACCAAUGGCACCUCGACCACUUCGCUGGUCGCAAAUGGCAGCAAAGAGGUUGAGCACUCGCCUUCCAAAGACGAGAGUAUCAGAUCAGAUCCAUCGCGUGAUGUGCCCGUUAGCACCGUUGAGCUUGCCGGUGAAGUUACCGAUGCCGAGUCUGAGACUGAGACAGAUUCUGGUAAACAAGAGACACACUCCGAAAAAACAAGAGACACCACUGUUUCCUCAGUAGCGACGAAUCGUGCCUCACAAGAGGAGUCCAGCCAGGAUGCAUCGAAGCAGGAUUCACCGGAGAUGGAGGACGAUGCCUCUCCUAUAAACUCCACUAUUCCUGAUAUGCCUAAUUCAUCUUCUGCCACUGAUAGGUCAUCUUCCGUAACCAAGCUGUACAAUACUACCUCGGCGUCAUCCAAGGCCAUCAACGGCGUCAAAAGAAAAAGGCAUACGUCGUCAUCAACGGCUUCGGGGUCGAAUUCAGAUAGACCAAGCAAACGCCCAAGAUCGGAAACCACACCAUUGCCGGGCAACAAUUUGUCCAAUGCUAAUCAAGAAUCCGACACGAACCACUCGUCACCAGCAGAAGCCAGUACAAGAUUGCAGAACCAACCAUCCUCCGCGGUAAACCAACAAAGUUUGCAAAGCAAGGCCGGCUCGACUAUCUCCGUGGCUCAACCUAAAGAACGUAAUAUCCGCACUUCAUCCUCUUGUAGUAAUAGCACAGCACACGAGGGUGGUUUGCAGGAUGGAAACACGGAUUCGGAAUCAUCUGUGCAAUCCGACGCUGAGGCUUCAGAGGCAGAAGAUAAGACACGAAGACUUAGCACCAAAAAGAAACGGCUUGUUGGAAACCUCAACAAUGCCUUGUCGCGGCGUCAAUCGUCGUUCGACAGCCAUGUUGAGCGCUCUGAGACUGGGUCGAAUCAUACAAAUGCAGGCACGUCAAGUCGGAAGGAAUUGACUAUCAAUGUGCCUCAUCCUCCUCCUCCUAAGAAACAUAAGUUUCUACCUGCUGCUACCAGACACCCUACUGCAUCUGCCCAGCAACCGGAAAAGAGACGGCCUAGCCCAACCUUAACACAAAAGGGCAAAGAAGCUGCUGAUCAGCGAAGCAUGACUAGAGAGGCUUUCGAGAACGAGAAAGCAGAUCGAAAGGCGGCUAAGUCAAAUACAGCAAAGGCAACUGCCACCUCGUCACCUAAGCCUAAACGGAAAGUGAAGGACAAGGGUCUGUCGGCUGUGAGUGCAUCCGCUGCCAACAAAGAUAGCAAGUCUAUCGAGGAAUUACAGCAAACCUUGGAUGAAGAGAAUGAUGACACUGACCACGAGCCUAAUACAGGACCAAAUGUUCGUCACAAAGCAACAACCGUAGCUCGACGGACCGCAAGCUUGUCAUCAAACAAGAAAAAGAGUGCCACCAUUCGCAGCGAGUCUAGCGUCAACAACAAUUCUGUUGCGGUCAGCAGCGAUGAUUCUGCCUCUGAGGCAUUCAGCAAAGAUCGAAAAAACACCCGCCGUCCACCUAACUCAGAGUACAACUUCAAAGAGCUGGCGAAAAUAGGUGAAACAGGAAGGAUGAGUGACGAGGAAGUUCAUAUUCUGCUCUCUUGGCGAGACUCAUUCUGUGAGGAGCAUGGUUUGUCUCACCAUGAGUUUAAUGAAAUGAUGGAAGUAUCUUGUCAUCGAGGCACAACUAGUUGGCGCUACAACUUCAUCAAUAAAGAUGAGUUCAUGAGACAAUACUAUGAUCAGCUACCACAUCGCAAUCGUCGGUCUCUGCUUCGCUUUCGUGAACGCCGUUUUCAGAACGUUGAACGAGGAAGCUGGACAGAGGACGACAAUAAAGAGCUUCGACAGCUUGUCGCACAAUUCGGACCAAAGUGGGUUGAGAUAGGCAGGAUGAUGGGUCGGACUGCGGAUGAUGUAAGCCAGCGUUGGCGGCACAGACUAAAUUAUGGCCAUGAAAUGCGCUCAGGCGAAUGGACUGAUGACGAGAUGCAGCAACUGGAGAAUGAAGUAGAAGCUUUUGCGGUUUCUAAGAACACGACUACCGACGAUACAGAUCUAGUUAUCCCUUGGCAGGCCAUCAGCACAAAACUUGGUAAUGGCAGGACUGCACAACAAUGUGCGAACAGAUGGAGACUUAGUACGACAAAACUGGUUGGCAGUACGUACGUGAAAGUUCCCCAUAGCGGUCGUAUCCCUAAGUCUGUCACCAAGGCACCGAGAACACCAAGCAAGAUGGAACAACGUCUAUCUGGCCACAAGAAAACCUUCAAGUCAAAAGCAAGGAUUGGAGACCGGUCGAGCUCGGCUAGAUCGCAACCGAACGAUCGGUAUAAGUCUGCGGAGCGUAUUGUGGAAUCAGAUGAGUCAGAAGAGGAUGUUAAUGAUGAGGAUACCAAGGAUGAGGGUGAUGCCAGAAACGAGGACUCCAGUCCAGAAGACGAAGCAAAUCAAGGUUCUCGUCAAUCGGAGCAGUCAGACACAGAUGCUGAAGAAGCAUCGCCAGCCAACCAGGAAGACGAUGAACAAUCGGACGAUGGUUCAGACCUUAUAGAGGUCCAGGAGUCGUCUCCUCAGCCGCGGCCGUCGAGUGCAAGACUCUCACAAAAAAGCAAGCCUAGAUUUACGGCAAAGAUGAUGCCACCUCCAUCUCCUCCUAAUCGACCCCAGCAAAGUGCCGAUAAAGACACCCAAGAACUCAUAGUACAAAAGUCAAAUCAAUCAACUCCUGUCAAAUCUCGGAAUCCAUUUCAAGGUGUCAAGCCUCAAGGCAAUCAGCCGAGUCUCUCCCAGGUAUUUGCAGACACCCAAGCUCAGUCUAGUCAGCGAACUAUAGGUGGACGUUCUGUCAGAUCCCGUGUUCCUGAUAGCAUUGCUGAGCGACCUAGUCCAGAUACAAGUAUUCGGCAUCGACCUCUUUCGUCACAAUCAAAGCAGGCGGAGUCCGACAGCUCUGAAGAAGAUACAGAGGAGGACGAGUCUGAAGGUGCUGAUGAUGAACUCAAGAGUCCAAACUCUUUCAGAUCUGCUAGGGAACAGUCUGAAGGGUCCAAACAUGAGGUCGAUGGAACAACCAAGGACAACUCGAAGCAAGGUCAGGAUACUCCGUCGAACUCUGAGAGUAGCAGUGACCCAGACAAUUCUGGUUCUUCAUCCUCGGACGAAGACAACGCUGCUCCAAACAAUACCAACGGGCUAUCACAGAACGCGUUCUGGACUGCAGUCAACUCCUUCACCAGCAGGUUCAUACCUGGCAGUCAGCGAAGCAUGACAGAAACACAGAAGGACAAUAUGCGAAAGAACAAAAGAAGAUCUCUUGCUGACGCAUUGAACCAGAGACAUGAUGAAGACGAGAGUGAUGAGGAUAGUGAUGAUGGAUGA